AUGGAUACGACGGGCUCAGUGGGCGCUUUGGAGCAGGCGCUGGAGCGCAUGACCGGAGCUCUGCAGGUGGCCAAGCGGAGAGAGGAGCAGGCUGCGGCCCGACGCCGGGCGCGCGCUGAAACUGAGACGGCUCUCCGAAAGGACUGCGACGAUUGCAGGCAGCAGGCCGCCAGACUGUGGGCAGAGUCGCAGAGGCUCAUGAAGAUGCUUCAGGCCGAGAGCUCCCCGACGAGCUCUCCGAAGCCCCGAAAGGACCCGUGGCUCCAGCAAGUCGGUGCCCAGCCGAAAGAUACUUUCUGA